GACGUAACUUCCGUCGGUACGGUGCAAAGUGGAAGGGAACUAAAAUAACGCUCUCGUUACCCGGCUAUUGACUGGGGCGUGCAAUGGUACAUUCGUUUUCUACGUCCCCGUUUCUCACUUCCGUUUGUGAGGAUUUCAGGUCGGAGGAAGCAUUUCUAAGGAACAGCCCAGGACUCACAUACUUCAUCUAGGCCGCCUUUAGACACUGCAGAGUUGGUAGGGCAGACCAGCAUCGGACUUCUGCAACAUGAGCUUCCUCUUGCCCAAACUGACCAGCAAGAAAGAAGUAGACCAGGCGAUCAAAAGCACUGCAGAGAAGGUGCUGGUUCUCCGGUUUGGGAGGGAUGAGGACCCCGUCUGUCUGCAGCUGGAUGAUAUUCUCUCAAAGACUUCCGCUGACCUGAGCAAAAUGGCCAGUAUUUACCUGGUGGACGUGGACCGCACCCCAGUUUAUACGCAGUAUUUUGACAUCAGUUAUAUUCCCUCUACCGUAUUUUUCUUCAAUGGGCAGCACAUGAAAGUGGAUUAUGGGUCUCCGGAUCACACUAAAUUCGUAGGAAGCUUCAAAACCAAACAAGACUUCAUAGAUUUGAUUGAAGUUAUCUACCGGGGAGCCAUGAGGGGAAAACUUAUUGUCCAGAGUCCUAUUGAUCCCAAGAACAUACCCAAAUAUGACCUCCUCUAUCAAGACAUUUAGCACACUCACUGCUGUUGGAGAUGAGAGAAACAAACCUGGGUUCGGGUUGAAACAGGACCUGAACCCAGAGGGCCUGUGGUCUGGAGUCCCUCAAAGACAUGUUCACUGCCUGAGCAAAGGGGUUCGAGGUGUUUGUAAUCAACAGCCCCUUGGCAGAGGCCCCAGGGCGCCACGAACCAAGAUGCCUAAGUGUCCGUUCCCUGAGAGCCUCAGCGUGGUGGUGUGUGUUUAUAGCUUCCCUUUAUCCUGACUUUUCUUACCGCUUAAGGUCAAGCAUCCGCCUAGACACCGUGAGAAAGCUUGAUUAGCCAUGUUUGUGCACACGUGUUCUCCCCAUGCCCGUUCGCUUGCCCCUUUUGCUCCCUCCUAUCCCAGCUUCUUUUGAACUAAUAAUUAGAUGCAGGUGAGGUCAUUGUUUCCUCACAGACCGAAAGCAGUUCCCUGUCCACGUAUUUGUAGCUGGGAAGCAUAAAAGGGCUCCUCAGAAGGCAUUGCCACCACCCCUUAUUUCAAGGACUGAAGACCAAAAGGAUAUCAGAUUGUUAAGGGGGAAAUGCCUUGAGGGGUUUGUGAUCCCAAGGGCUUUUGAAGAAUGUGACCCAACCUCAGGAAACUUGUGUUUUCUUAAGCCGUAUGGUAGUGGUUGUCCCUGUCACUCUGGAAUCAGAGAGCAGGCACAGCGCUGGAGGGCAAUGGCCAGGCUGCUGUGGCCUGCUGGGCAGCAAGGGCCUUGUUGCCAGCAGAGGCCCAGGUGUGUAGGAGGCAGGCCCACCCUGGCACCAGCUGCUGGGCAGCAGGGGCCUUGUUGCCAGCAGAGGCCCAGGUGUGUAGGAGGCAGGCCCACCCUGGCAUCAGCUGCCCCUUUCCAAGCUUGUCCUUUAGGGAAGUGAAACAGGACCUGGUUCUGGUAGAUGGGGCACAGGAAGAAGGUGGUUUAGGUUUUCUGUGUCCUCUGUCUGAAACUGAGAGCUGCCUCAGGGAUGGGCAGAGAGCCCUUUCCCACCGUCUCGCCUCCGUGUGUCAUGGUGGCUAUAGCCGCCACCCUGGACACGUGCAUGAAAACUGGAGAGUGUAAGAGUCAGAUCUCUGAUGCUCCUGAGGUCCUAGGUGAACAAUAAGCUUUCCUCCCCCUCCCCCUACCCCCCCCCCCACGAUGGAAUAAA